UCUGAGUCUGUACACUCGGCUCGACUGUUUCAGAAAUUCAGAAUUAGAAUUUUGUUGAGUGUUUUUUGUGGUUUUUAUCAUUGUGUCUUUUUUGCUUUCUAUGAGAGAACUUCAGCGGUUAGUCUAUAAUAUUAAUUUUCUGUGUACUAAAAAUUAAACUGUAUGGGUGAAAGUAAUACAAAUAUCAUACAAUAAUGAAAAGGCCAUAAUGAAACACUACUCCAAUGGUCACAUGUCAUUUAAUGACUUUUUUAUGAUGUACCUUGCAAAAUGGAAGAGGGCCGCAGUAGUGUUACUGGUUGUAUGGGUCGGUGUCACCUAUCUUGUGAUAUCCCCACUCAGAUGCAGUGGAAGCACCGAAGAAGUAGCAGAAUUUCAAGAUAGGUUAAGAAGGGUAUCAUCUCAACUAGAAACCCUCAGACAACAGCAUAGUAAUCUUAUAGCACAGAUAAGAAAGUCAUCGGGUUUAAAUGGUAACUUGAAAGAUAUAGACACUGGUGCUCUAUUCUUUGAUACUGGCCAUGGUCCGUCCGAGGACUACGAGAAUCUCAGAAGGAGAAUACAGUCCAACACGAAAGAGUUGUGGUAUUAUAUUAGCAAUGAAUUGUCGAAAGCAAUACGCAAUAAUGAUAACAAAAUUGAGAAAUUACAAUCCGUCUUGGACCAAGUGGCUGAUAGAAAAAGAUCUCUACUAUCGGACCAAGAGAAGUUGCCAGAACUGGACGGUUACCACGAGUGGCGGCAGAUGGAGGCUGCGAACGUCAGCGAUCUCAUACAGCGACGUCUCCGACACCUGCAGAACCCACCGGAUUGCAGGGAGGCAAGGAAACUUAUUUGCAAUUUGAAUAAGGGUUGCGGUUUUGGUUGCCAGCUUCACCACAUUGUUUACUGUUUAAUAUUCGCAUACGCUACAGAAAGAACCUUAAUACUAAACUCAAAGGGUUGGAGAUAUAAUACCAAGGGCUGGGACUACGUUUUUUACCCGAUAUCGGAUAGCUGUACAAGUGCGUACGGCGACAAAGUGUUGCAGUGGCCAGUGACGUACGACGCCAAAGUAGUAUCUCUGCCCUUCAUUGAUUCAAUAUCGCAAAAGCCUAAGUUUCUACCCCUCGCAAUACCCAAGGAUUUAGCUCAUAGGAUAGUUCGCUUCAACGGUGACCCAGCGUCCUGGUGGAUCGGCCAAAUGCUCAAAUACGUCCUAAAACCACGGCCAGCCAUGCAGAAGUCCAUCAAUGAAACUAUAGCGAAGAUGAACUUCAAGACGCCAAUUGUUGGUGUUCACAUACGGCGUACGGACAAGGUGGGAACAGAGGCAGCGUUCCACCACAUCCACGAGUAUAUGGCCCACGUGAAGGACUAUUACGACCAGUUGGAGCUCACGCGCACAGUCGACGUCAGGAGGGUGUACCUCGCUACUGAUGAUCCUAAUGUCUUGGAGGACGCGCGCAACAAGUACCCGUCAUACCAGUUCCUGGGCGACGAAUCUGUCGCUAAAACGGCCGCCACUCACCGCCGUUACACGCCGGUAUCGCUGGCCGGGCUGCUCCUCGACCUCCAUAUGCUGGCCAUGUGCGACUACAUCGUGUGCACCUUCAGCAGCCAGGUGGGCCGAGUGGCCUAUGAGAUGAUGCAAACCAACCGAGUGGACGCUUCGAACAGUUUCUUCUCACUGGACGACAUCUACUACUUCGGCGGGCAGAACGCACAUGACAGGAUCGCAGUUAUGCCACACUCGCCUGAACACAGCCAGGAUAUAUCUUUAGAGGUGGGCGAUUUGAUAGGUAUAGCAGGUAAUCAUUGGAAUGGUUAUGGACGAGGCACAAACAAACGAAGUAAUAUGAAUGGUCUUAUUCCAUGGUACAAAACAGCGGACCAUCUAGUAUUAUACCCAUUCCCAGAAUACAAGCAGGUGCCAUUGUACGCAGACACGCGGCAGAACGAGUUAUAGACAUAGAUGUCGCCUGUUACAAUCACGAUGCCGUGAUUUAAAGGAGGAGUAUCGGAAUGGGACGUAUCACAAUGUGUAAUAUAGGCACUUAAUAUUGUUUUAUUAUAAAGCACUCCGCUCACUACAACGUAUCAAACUAUGAUGAUGGUAAAAUUAUUGAAAACGAGAGAUCUUUCGAAUCGAAGCUAAAAUUCUUUUAUGACAAGUAUUCGCUGUUCUAUCUCUAGUUACGAUGCAUAU